GUAGGUAAUUUGAAUCCAUUUUACUGUACGUAUUUUGGCUGGUGAUAAUUACCUUUCCAUCAAUGGUCAGGUUUAAGAGACUAUAUAUAUCACGAUUAUGGAGAGAGUAUCUCACAUUCUCACAUUAUGGAAGGAACUUCUCGAACACUUCCUUACAGCAUAAGCUUCGUUGGUCUACUUGGCAGUCAUUCUCUUGGUAUAAAUCCAAAGUUUAUGGCUACUGCGGUAGAUUUAGGAAGGGAAUUGAUAAGGCGAAAGAUUACACUUGCCUAUGGAGGAGGUAGUGUUGGCCUUCAAGGAGCUGUUGCUUCAACAGUCUUUACCAAUGGUGGUCUCGUUAGAGGUUUUAUUCCUGGGUACAUAGCAACACGACGUGUCUAUGGACCUACGUACGUUGUAGAGCAUACAGUUUCCAACAACUAUUACAAAUAUUUUGAGAUGAAUCAUGCCGUGGAAACUUUCAUCAUUCUUCCCGGGGGAGUUGACACUAUGGAAGGUUUGUUCACCUUGAUUUUGUGGGCUUCUGAAGGGUUACACAAUAGACCCAUUGGUCUCUUGAACAUUGACGGUUAUUUCAAUAACCUAAUCAAAUUUCUAGACGAUGCGGUGAGGCAGAACUUCAUGUCUUUGAGUCAGAGGAAACUUUUCAUUUCUUCUUCCUUUGUUGAUGAGCUUUUAGACAAACUAGAGUUUGCUAAAGCUUUCCCGGGUCCUGGGUCUAGUUAUGAUGAGUUUGCAAAUCCUGGGAGAUUAGACUUAGAAUUGCAUCUGUAGCAUUCCUCAUAUGAUCUAAGUUGUAUUUUGUGUUGAAAUGUAAUUAUCCAUAAAUAUUAUUCUAGGCU